AUGAAAGCCUACUGGUACGACAACGAAGAAGGCGACCAACGCCUCCCCCACGACUCCCACAAGCCCGUCGACCCCUCCUACCUUCGCUCCCUCGGCGUCCUCUACUCCGCCCACCCCACCACCUCUACAGUCGACACCCUCGCCUCCGAGCGCAAUUACACCUCGCGCGACGAAAUCACCGUCUCCCCGCAGGCCAUGGGCGACAUCUACGAGUCCAAAGUCAAAAUGUUCUUUGACGAGCACCUGCACGAGGACGAAGAGAUCCGGUAUAUCCGCGACGGGGCGGGGUAUUUUGAUGUUAGGUCAGAAGGGGACGACUGGGUGAGGAUCCGGCUGGAGAAGGAUGAUUUGAUUAUCCUGCCGGCGGGGAUCUAUCAUCGUUUUACGACCGAUGAGGGGAAUUAUAUCAAGGCGAUGAGGCUUUUUAAGGAUGAGCCGAAAUGGACACCCUUGAACCGUGGUGAUGCGACGGACAUCAAUCCUCAUCGCAAGGCGUACCUCGAGGAGAGGAACGGUGGGAAGUAG